GAAAUAUAUGUGUAAAAAUUCAUCUCUUUAAUCUUUACGGCCAUGACGUACCUUUUCGCGUGGUGGUGUCUCAUCCAAUUCUCAUCUCUCUGGCAGAUGGGAGAAGCAUGGCCACUUACUCUACGACACGAGAAAAAACAUGAGAAACCUCCAGUGUGCAUAAUAGGCGCAGGGCCGGCAGGGUUGACGGCAGCCAGCAAGUUGGAAGCAAAAGGUGUGAAGGCCAUCAUAUUCGACAAACAACCAGAUAUCGGUGGGAAGUGCCAAUCUUGGUACGAUGACCAAGGCAUCUUCCAUCCCCUCGGCGCGGCUUUCUUUUCAAACGGAACCUACCCCGAGACUGUCAAGGUCAUCAAUGCGUCCGGCGUAUCGGUGGAGCCCUUUGCCCUCGCGGGUGCAAGGCAACAAUUCCAAUUCAACUACACAACAGAGUCGGGUGACAUCAAACCGGCGCCGGGUAUCACUGUGCCAAUGAUUGCGCGUCUGGGAGAAGAGAUCCCCAGAUACAUCCAGACAUGGCAGCGAAGGUUUGCGCCGUUCAGCGCGCCAAGUUUCAAGAACGGCGUCCCGGAUGAAUUCAGCGUCACGGGUACCGAAUGGUUCGUCGCAAACAACUUCACCACCUUGCAACAGUUGCUUGUGAACCCGCUUGCGCUCUACGGUUACGGCGAUAUUAAUAUUGUGCCUGCUCUCUACGUCCUGCAGUACAUCACACCCGAUCUAUUGACCGCUUUCUUGGGCAGAUCGAGCGUCUACUACGCGGACUUCCAUAAGAUCUGGGUAGAAUGGGCGAAGGGUGCGCUCUGCAAGACCGAGAUCCGCACGUCGCAUGAAAUUCGCUGCAUUGAUCGUUCUGGAGAGAAUCCGGUGCUCAAGUACACGAAACCGCACGGCAAAUUUUACGAAUGGGGCCACCAGGAGUGCUCCUCUCUCAUCUUCGCCCUCCCACCAACAAUCGAAAACCUAGAGCGCGCAGGACUGGAUAUUACCGAAAAAGAAAAUGAAAUCUUCUCUGCCGUUGUAACCCACAACUACUUUUCGUCCGCGGUGGAGAUUGACAUGCCAUUUGGCGUUUCUUAUAUCGCCGCAUCUGCCAACUCCACCAUUCCCCCGCCUAACGACGGGCAACCUGUCGCCGUUCUCCGCCUCAGUGCCGAGUCUAAUGUAUCCGUCGCCUGGUCCUGGGGCCCUGAUGGCGAGUUUCCAGAAUCGAUGGGCUAUGACCUCGUCUUAGACACUUUCGGCAAGCUGAACAAGGAUCCCCGCAACGAGACCGCCCAGCCCCAACCAUUCUGUCCUGACAACGUGAAGGCAUUCAGAAAGUGGGAUUACUUCCCGCACUUUGGUAGCCAGGCGCUGAAGGACGACAUCUACGCAAGAAUGACGAAGCUGCAGGGUUGCAAGAAAACCUUCUGGGCCAGUGGCCUGGGCGGCAUGGAGACGGUUGAAUGGGCCAUUCGUGCGGGACAGGACGUUGUUGACACUCACUUCUGACGAUUGAAACGAACGAACGACUUUUAAUGACACGAAAAACCCCUCGAAACAUGUAUAUAAGGGGCAUGACUAGAGGGUUAAAAUUUCCCUCCUACAGCGACGAAGGAGGACUAGAUAUGGGACGGCUGAUUGCUUUGAUGCGCUUGUUUUCACUUUGAUUUUAUGUUCGACUCCUUCCAGAUUCUGCGCGCGACUCACGAUUCUCCGUUGUCGGCUUAGACGGUAUGAUUCCCCAGCUUGCGCGCCAUAGAACGCCUUCAUUGUGCGUUUGUUCAUGAUCAACGAUAAAAACGUCCAGUAAUGAUGUGUAACGUUACGGGGUUGAUGUGGUUUACGAUAAUAGUAAUUCUCAGUUAUGUAUCAUCCGCAAUUGAUCUUGUGUAGAUAGAAAAUAUGUAUCAGGCCGUCGCUUUACGAAGAA